CGGCGCUCCGGCUCCUCACACCGGGGGCGCCGCCGCCGCAGUCACAUCUCCGCGCUGUCAGACCCCACGAGGAAACUCUGUUCAACGCCUCAAAGCAGGACUUUCUUUCUUUCGGAUGACACCGGACCGGAACCGACGGAACUACCCGAACAUGACAAGUUGGGUCGGUUUGCCGACUCCAGUCAGCUCGACGUAGCGCGGGGUGGAAAGUCCGGAAAAAGUCGCCGUCGUCCGCAGCGAACCGGAGGAGCGACGACAGCACGAAAUCUGAGGGGACUUUUUUUUUAUUUUUUUUUUUUACCGUCGACUUUUCUUCCUUGCUGGCUUUUAUUAUCGGUUUCCCUUUUAGUUUUGUGGGUUUUUUUCGGUGAAUUCUCCUCUUCCGGAGCGGCCUGGACGCGUUGAGCUGCCUUUAAAGCCACUUUGUUGUUCUUGUUCGGACGUCGCUGCGUUGCCUCAGCAUGUUGCCGAGCACGGCGCAGUACGCGAUGAAGAAACGGAAGAAGCCGGUGCAGAAAACCCGUCCUGAAAGCCGGCUCCAACGGCUCCAGCUGGACCGCCGAGCGGACCCCGGUGUUCGGAGGAAGCGUCCAGACCGCUCAGACCUUCGCCCCCGAGGCGACCUCCAUCGACGGCGUCAGCUUCUCCGAGGCGGACCUGCUGCUGCAGGCGCUGAACGGCUUCGUGCUGGUGGUGACGGCCGAGGGCUACGUCUUCUACACGUCGCCCACCAUCCAGGACUUCCUGGGCUUCCAUCAGUCGGACGUGGUCCAUCAGAGCGUCUUCGAGCUGAUCCACGCAGACGACCGCGCGCUCUUCAGACGCCAGCUGCACUUCUCCCUCAACUCCGACGCCGACGGCUCCGAGAGUCCCAGUGAGCAGAGCAGCGCUGAGAUCAGCACCAACGUGGUCGCCUACGACCUGCAGGCCAUGCCUCCUGAGAACUCCUCCUUCCUGGAGAGGAACUUCUGCUGCCGCUUCCGCUGCCUCCUGGAUAACUCCUCCGGCUUCCUGGCCCUCAACUUCCGGGGCCGGCUGAAGUUCCUGCACGGUCAGAAACGGCUGUCGGAGAACGGGGCGCUGGUCCCGCCGCAGCUGGCCCUGUUCGCCAUCGCCACGCCGCUGCAGCAGCCGUCCAUCCUGGAGAUCCGCACCAAGACGCUGAUCUUCCAGACCAAACACAAGCUGGACUUCACGCCCAUCGGCAUCGACGGGAAAGGGAAGAUGGUUCUGGGCUACAACGAGGUGGAGAUCAGCAUGAAGGGCUCCGGCUACAGCUUCAUCCACGCCGCCGACAUGAUGUACUGCGCCGACAAGCACCUGCGCAUGAUCCGGACCGGAGAGACCGGCUUCACCUUCUUCAGGCUUCUGGCCAAAGACCGCCGCUGGGUGUGGGUCCAGUCCAACGCCCGGCUGGUCUACAAAGACGGGAGGCCCGAGUUCAUCGUGGCCCGGCAGAGGGCCCUCACGAACCAGGAGGGGGAGGAGCAGCUGCGCCUGCGGCAGCUGCAGCUGCCGUUCAACUUUGCCACCGGGGAGGCGCAGCUGUACGACCUGCCGCUGAGCCUGGACCCCCCGGACCUCUGCUCCGCCCCCAAGCAGCGGAAAGUCGACGGCGAGUCCGAGAACGCCAACUCGCUGCUGGGCUGCCUGCUGAGCCAGGACCGCGCCGCCUACUGCCAACACGAGGCGCCCAACCUCCUCAGCUCCAUCAGCGACGUGGCCUUCCAGGACAGCCACGCCACCGUCAGCAUCCCCAGGGAGCCCGAGGCCAAGCCGGCGCACGGCGGCCCGGGGCUGGCCGCGGACCCCACCAUCCGGGAGGUGGUGGAGACCCUGGAGCAGAUCUUCGGGGAUUCGGAUCUGAUCGAGGCGGUGGACGUGGGGCCCGAGGAGCUGCAGAGCUGGGAGAACUCCCUGAUGCUCUUCCAGUCCGGCAGCGACGUCUUCAGGGACGACCUGAGCGACGUCCUCAGCAGCGACAUCCUGUCCUACGUGGCGGAGCAGCUGCAGGCCGAGACCGGCCUCGUCUUCCCAGAGCAGCUGGACAAACGCCCCCAGAGCCACGACUCCGACCUCGGCAGGCAGCAGAGCUCCGGCUGGGCCGUCCCGCCCCAGAACCAGCCCACCCCCAACGGAGGGCCGCCGCCUCCUCUGUCUGGCACGGCCAAGCUGAGCCACCUGGACUUCCCUGCCGCGGGUUCUCCCGGGCUGAACGGCCUGCGGGGGCCGGCUCCGCCCCCCCUGCAGCCGAGCGGCGCCCCCGUGUUCAACCCUUCCUGUCGCCAGACGCAGAGUCAGCAGAGGCUGUUCAGAAGCAGCCCGGCAGACCUGACCCGGCAGCUGAUGGCCGAGCAGACGGCGCCGGCGGCCCAGGGGCUCCCUCGCGUAGGGGGGCCCGCCCCCGACCAGAACCCAGCCUUAAACCCCGUCUUUAUCUUUAAAGGCAACCAGUGGACCGACUCAGACGCGCCCCAGAACUUUGUAGAGCCGUACGCCCCGAAUAUUUCAAGCAGCCUGUGUGCAGACUCCGCCUCCGCCCGCUACGCCUUGCAGCCGCCGGACGUGCCGCAGCAGAUGGCCGCCGCCGCCGUCAACCGAGCAUCCGGGUUUCAAGCGAGCGUCAACAACGCCUUCUGGCCCCCGGAGAGCGUCGCCUUCCCCGAUCAGCUCGACUGCAUGUUCAGUAACCCGGCGGCGCCGCGCCUGUCCAACGGCGUCCACCACGGCCCGGCGGGCGUCAUCCCCGACCCCUUCCAGGCGCCCUCCAAGACGCCCUGCUACUACCAGGCUCUGGCCCGAGGCGAGACCGUGGCGGCGCUGCCGACCCCUAAAGACGCCGCCGCCUACCAGAUGGCCGCCGGCCUCAAGUCCAACGGCCUGACGAUGCAACAACACUUCCUACACUUCAGUGAAAACACGCAGAUGGACAGCCGUCCCCUGGUGGGGAACGGAGGGCUGCCCUUCGCCUUGCUGCCCAACGGGAACACGUGCCUCACGCAGAACAAAUAGCGGCGAGGAGGAGAACCUUAAAGACUGGAUGUGGACUAAAGCGGAUUAGACUGAAGAACUGAAACGGUUUGGCGGCGUCUGCUCAAGGCGAAGACGUCCAGACGGGAAGGAAAUCAGGAGACAGGGCAGACGAUUAAUCAAAGCUGAGGGAGAGAUGCAAGUGAUAUCAUAUGGAAAAACGUCUAAUUAAACGGCUUUCCACUACUGUCCAUCAGAUCGGAGCUUUUCAAGCAUCUGUUGUAGCACUUAUUAAGCGAUUUGGAUGAUCAUCAUCUAUUCUAUUGAUAUUUAGUUAUAAAGGAAUCCAAAUCGUCCCAUAAAUAAAGUCCUUCACAUUUAGCGGUGAGAAACAACUGUGAUCUCUGCGGGGCGUUUUUUUUUCCCCAGCCACAUUUUCCGACGUGAACCGCGACGCAAAAUCAAUCAGGAGCGUCUGGAGACGAACAGAAAGCAUUAAAAAAAAACAACGUUUACUUACAACACUUGAUAACGCAAGGGGAAGCGAGUUUAGACGUCAGAAAUCCGGCUAAAACGUGACAGAACGCGAGUCGUUUUUGGCUUCGCCCACAAGGGGGCGCCAGUCGCCUCAAUCGCCACCGGGAGAACCCGUCCACAAUGGAAUAAAUGAGCGCCACCCCAUCAGGACAGUCCGGUAGCCUAGUGGCCACUAGUGGUAUUGCACUUUACGGCGCCGCCUCCGUUCGUCGGCCCGUUUCAUCCGCGCUCAAGGCGAACUUUCGGAAAGAGAACGAGAAUACGGAACCGACCGCGUGUUUUUCCGCUGUCGUCUUCAGCGCACAAACGUUGGGCUCGGUUUCCUGAUCCGAACGCCGGGACGGAUCGGACGGAUCACUGUUUUAUCGCCGUUCAUAUCCGUCUCCAUUUAGUCCAUUUCAGCUGUCCCCAUAGGGGGGGGGGGGGGGGGGUGGAAAAACGUACAACGGAGCGACAUCAUCGUCCGAUCAAGAGCCCGAAAGUCGAGUCGAUUCAGUGAAAACAGCUGCUUGUUUGUAGAUUUUUAAAGCUUUGUCUCUGAGCCAGAUGUUUCUUUUUGUUUUAUUUUAUUUUAUUUUUUUUCUUCUGUGUUUUUGCUCCUAUCUUGUCUGGGGGGAGGGAGGAGGGAGCUUUUAAAAAGUUUUAAAAAUUGCGUUAAAAAUCGACCAAAUUGCUUUUAAGACAAAACGAAGCCAAACGUUGAGAUUCUUUUACGCUUUUUGCCAAAGCACAGAAACACUUCCUGACGCCACUUUUAACGACGAAACGGGCACAAAUUAAGACUUUAGCACUUAUAUUUUUUCCUCUCUUUUUUUUUUUUUUUUUUUAAAGAAAUAAUCCUUGCUGCGCUCUAUUUGCACUACAUUAAAAAUUAAUUGUUUGGUUUAUUCUAACGAGGCUCGCGUCCUUAAACCCGUCCAGCAGCAAAACACAGAAGUAAAACGGUUAUAAAAGGCAGCUAUUGUAAAUAUUAGACAAGGAAAAGAAAUGGAAAAACACGGAGUCAUAAAUAAAUGCCUUCUGAUCCACCCGGUUUGAACCGUUCAGCCCAAACUGAGCCAACUCCGACAGCGCUUCUCCCAGAAACGAGAAGACUAGCGAUUCCCGUCGGACUUUAGGGGAAACCUGACCCGAGUCGUUGGUGUGAGAACCAAAUUAUCGUAACCAAAGUCACGCGGGAAGCUUUGCUCCCGAGGAUACCAAAGGGAACGUUAUCCCAGAACCCAUCGACUAAACCGUUUUCUUCACAUCUUUGUCCUCAGACGCAGUAGAAGCCAUGUCCACUGCUCAGGUCCCGCCGUGCGUGGGUUUGUCCCGCGUUAAAGCCAAAAGACGCGUAGAUCCAGACGUCGUCUAUGGGCGACUCUGGGGGAAAAAAUGUUUGCUAUCCGGCGUUUAGCACCACCUUUCUCACUAGUUUCUGGCUCAAAAUCUCCAGCUCCAGUUGGUAUUUUACAGUAAAUUAAUGAAAAAGAAACAUCUCUUGGAAUCAUUGAAAGUCUGGAGCUCAGAUUCAGUCAAGACAAUAAAAAAAAAAAACCCAAGAUGAAGCGCUUCGUCUGGAGGCGUGAUCUCCUCUCCGUCAGUGCCUUUGUUUCACAAAGUAUUCUAUGUAUAGAGAUAUAAAUAUAUAUUGUUACUCGCUCUUACACUAUAAAAAAAAAAAAGCCUUUAAUACCUUACCUAUACUUUUGAAAAGCCAGGCCUUCAUUAUGCAGUAUCUACCCUCGUUUGUACAGACGUCCGUACUGACUUUUUCUUUCAUAUAUCCUGUGUCGUAACGAUGUAUCUUUGCCUUUAUUUGACCCACGCCUCUGUUAUUUUGUAUUUUGUUUUCCUGCACAGCUCGUACACACGCCUCCUGCUUCCUCUUUACUCCACCUUGUGAAUUUGCUCCAAAUGUUUGUUUGUUUUUUUUUGUUUUUUUGCCUCUGAACCCUGUAUCUUGUGUGUUUGGGUCCGACUGUAAAUCUCCGCCACAUUAAAGGUGAGCUGAUCACUGUAA